AUGAGUGGAAAGGUUGUUUCUUCAGCCUACCGAAGUAUCAUCGAUGAGGUCGUUACCCAUUGCCGAUCCGAAUUCGAUGAGAUGGGCAUAGAGCAAGCCGUACUGGAUGCUCUACAGGCUUCCUGGGAGACAAAGCUUGCCAACACUCGGGUCACCGACUUUUCUGCGGACGCACGACUGGGUCCAAUACAGGCCUCAUUGGGCCCUGCUCUACCCAGACCUGAAGAAUCUCUCAAAGAGUCAACAUUGAAACUCGGCAACAGGACGGGCCGUCCUCCACGUCGGACGUCAAACCUCAGAUAA